GUGUUCACUGCUGCUGUAGUACUGAUACAGAUACAGUACUACAGUACUACAGUACUGAUACAGAUACAGUACUACAGUAGUACUACAGUAGUACUACAGUAGUACUAUAGUAGUACCACAGUAAACAUGUCUGAGUACAGCAGGGAGGUGCUGCAGGCGACCAGCUGUCUGUGCAGCAGCAGAGGAUCCAUGCAGCUGCAGCAGCUGUGGCGGGAGCUGCAGCUGUGCUCCAACAUCAGCCAACAGGAGUUCAGCUACAUAGUCCAGGAGUGUCCCCGCUUCCUGCUGGUCCGCGGCCGGGCGGGGGACGGCGGAGGGCGGCUGGAGGACUGCACGGUGGUGGCCAAAACGUCCCUGCGGCUGUGCAGGAGGUACGGCAAGGAGUCGUGCGCGGACUGCCAGCAGCUGCAUCUCUGCAAGUACUUCAUCUACGGAACCUGCAGGUUCGGCAAAGGCAGGAAACCUUGUAAAUUCUCUCACGACAUUCGCUCUGAUCAUAACUAUCGGUUACUGCGAGAGUGCACGCUGCACCAGCUGCACGAGGACCAGCUGUUCCUGCUGCUGCUGCAGAACGACCCCGCCCUGCUGCCAGAGGUGUGUUCACACUAUAACAAAGGUAGCGGUCCUGAUGGCUCCUGCAGUUUUUCGGACACCUGUACCAAGGUGCAUCUAUGUCAGCACCUGGUUCAGGGCGACUGUCUCUUUGGACCGAAGUGCAAACGUCUUCACGCCAUCGAUGAACGCCGCCGCCGCCUGCUGGAGGAGCGUGGCCUGAGCAGUGACAUCAUUCAUGACCUACCAAUCAUCUACAGGAACCUGCACCACCUGACUAUCGCCUCCCAAUCAGGAAGUGGCAGUGACUCUCUGACAGGAAGCGGCGGUGACUCUCUGACAGGAAGUGGCGGUGACUCAGGCUUUAAAGCUCGGACAGAAGAAAUGAACAUCUGUCUGCACUUCAUCCGUCACAGCUGCAAAUUCCAGGAUCGAUGCCUGUCUGUCCACUUCCUGCUGCCGUAUAAGUGGGAGGAGUUUGACGGGGUCACAUGGGAGCUGCUGCCGGACAUGGAGGACAUUGAGCGAGCUUUCUGUGACCCGGCUCAAACCCAGAGCGAUGGCGCUCAGCCCGUCAACUUCCUGUCAAUGACUCGGUGGUCGCGGCCCGUCCGGCGUCUAUCCACCGUUUCCUCGGUAACGAAGCCGCCACACUACAUCCUGACCACAGAGUGGCGCUGGUACUACCGGGGGGACGGGGGCCGCUGGCUGGAGUACGGACAGCCGGAUGAGAAGCAGCGCUGCACCUCAGAGAGUUCGGCCAGUCUGGAGCAAGUCUACCUGACCGACAGCAGAACCCAGGUCCCCGUGGUCAAAGGUCAGCGGCACUACGUCAUCAGCUUCACAGACAUGUAUCAGAGGAACCUCAAACACAACACCAAGAGACGAGUUCGCCGUCGUCCUCGAUUCGUUUCAGCAGCCGAAGUAACGAAUCAGACGGUCCGGACGAACUGAUCAAUACGAACUGUAAAAAUGUUUUUAACGUGUUUAAUUUAAUUAAAUUCUGUAUUUUGUGACACGAGGCUGGGAUGAUCUGGAUGGUUUAUGUUUAUUGAGCUUAAAGCGUUUUUUAAAUAUUAAAUGAUAAAAUAGAACUUUAUAUUUUCUGUAAAGAUGUAUUUUAUUUUUUUAAAGCAGUUUUUAUUCAGAGUGUAAAAGUAACAGGAACUAGAUCAUUUUAUUACAAAAUAAAUGUAAUUAAAUAAGUUACUGAUAAAAAGUUUAAUUAUAUGAUUUAAAAUAUUAAUUUUGUUUUGCAUGUU